AUGACCGAACAUUGGGACCAGAAUGCGCUACGCGCUCGCUUCUGCCACGCUCUCUCCGAAAUGUAUAAGAGUGAAGUCCCUCUAUACGGAGAUCUGGUCGACGUCGUUUGGGAAGCAGACGCAAAAGCAAUCCAAGCGAGUCAAAACUUAAAAGGAAAACAGAUUAUCAACCCCGAUGAUGUUCUGCCUUCUCGACACCGAGUGGAAAGACAUGGUGCCAUUCGACUAGGAACACCCCAAGAACUCAGCACAGUCCGACGCAUGUUUGCCGUCAUGGGAAUGUACCCAGUGGGAUACUACGACUUGAGUCUCGCUGGAUUCCCCAUGCAUGCCACCGCAUUCCGACCCAAAACACACGAUGCUCUUACAGAGCACCCAUUUCGUGUCUUCACCACAGUGCUCAGAAUGGAUCUUUUAAAGGAAAGAACACGAGAACUGGCACACCAGGCACUUGCGAGGCGUAAUAUAUUCACAGCGAGACUUCUCGAACUCCUGGACCUUGUGGAUAUGAAAGGAUCCUUGACGCCAGCGGAGUACUCCGAGUUCAUCACAAACGGCCUUGAGACUUUCCGAUGGCAUUCGAAAGCAACGGUCACACUGGAAGAAUACCAGGUGCUCAAGGCUGAGCACCCUCUUAUCGCAGAUGUUGUCUCUUUCCCCAGCUCACAUAUCAACCACUUGACUCCUCGCACAAUCGAUAUCGAUCUAGUACAGCAACUCAUGGUAGAUCGUGGAAUGCCCUUCAAGGAGCGGAUCGAAGGACCUCCAAAACGGGAAUGCCCCAUCCUUCUGCGGCAGACAAGCUUUAAAGCCCUGGAAGAGACGGUCUACUUUAAAGAUACAUCGGCCGAAUAUGUGAAAGGGUCUCAUACGGCUCGAUUUGGCGAAGUAGAACAACGGGGCUACGCUUUGACUCGAAAGGGUCGUCAGCUCUAUGACCGGAUAUUAGACCAAGUCAAUGCGGAGGCAGCAAAGAACAAGAUCCAUGGCAACGACUACGAAGUGCUUCUGGAAGAUCGUUUCAAGGCUUUCCCCGAUAAUCUGUCUGCCUUGCGCCAACACAAUCUGGCAUACUUUUGCUACCGGUUAACACCAAUGGCCGAAAAACUGUCGAAAGAUGGUGUCGAUUCUUCUAGAUUCGGAAGCCUUUCCGUACCUAUUGAUAACCUUUUGGAGGAGGGAAUUUUGAGUUACGAGCCUCUCACUUAUGAAGACUUCCUACCAUUGUCUGCAGGGGGUAUAUUCAACUCCAACCUAGGAAAUAUCUCGCAGUCAAAACAACUCAUAAUGAGCGCCGAGCCUGAUCUUGAUGGUUUCCAGCGCUCACUGGGCUGCCUUAUUGCUGAUGAGUUCCAUCUUUAUGCCAAAAUGCAGGCCAGCUCUUUAGAGCUUUGCAGAGAGCAGCUGGGAUUGGAGACAAUUGAAAUUUGA